AUGCUUCGUCGUCUGUCAACCACCUUCAAAAAAGACAAGAAGAAGGAUGGCACCAGCCCCAGCGGCAGCUCCCCCAAGAGCUCCGCGGGUGGUAGUCCCACUCGUGACCACUCCGAGCCCAAGCCAGACAGCAGCAAGGGCAGGGAGGAUGUGAAUAGCACCUUUGAGCAGUUCGCCCAGGUCCUGCAUGCUGCCCGCCGCCCGCUACCCACCCAGACUGGCGAUGGCAGCUAUGUCAAGCGAGACGCUCCAGCCAGCCUCUUCGAAAACCUGAAGACCAUCGGUGUCGGAGACGCAAAGACGCUCAAAGAUGUUCUCCAGAACAAGGCUAGGAAGGAGCUCAUUGACGACAAGACGUAUCUCAUGGAACGCGUUAUCCAAUUGGUCGCGGAUCUUCCUGGUAACUCGGCUUUGCGCGUUGACCUCACCAACACCUUCGUCGACGAGCUCUGGAGCUGCCUGCAGCACCCACCAGUGUCGUACCUGGGAGACCAAUUCUCCUAUCGCCAAGCAGAUGGUUCAUACAACAAUAUCAUGUACCCUCAUCUGGGAGCAGCAAACACACCGUACGCACGGAGUGUCCAGCCCAAGACGGUCCUUCCUGGAGCGCUCCCUGACCCUGGCCUCAUCUUCGAUGCCAUUUUCUCUCGCGAGGAGUUCAAGGAGCAUCCGAACAAGGUCUCAAGCGUCAUCUUCUACUGGGCUUCCUUGAUCAUCCAUGAUCUCUUCCAAACAGACCACCGGGAUAUCAAUAUCUCGAAUACGUCUUCCUAUCUCGAUCUCUCCCCUCUGUACGGGGAUAAUCAGGAGGACCAGAACUGGAUCAGGACCUUCAAAGAUGGCAAACUCAAGGCCGACUGCUUCUCCGAGUCCCGAAUGCUUGGUUUUCCUCCUGGUUGUGGCGUUCUGCUCGUCAUGUUCAACAGAUUCCACAAUUUCGUCGUCGAAGAACUUGCCAAGAUCAAUGAGGGAGGCAGGUUCACCAAACCGCACCAGAGUCUACCGCCUGACAUGGCCAAGGAAGCAUGGGCAAAGUACGACAACGAUCUCUUCCAAACUGGGCGUCUCGUCACUUGUGGUCUCUACAUCAACAUCACGCUUGGAGACUACCUCCGUACCAUUGUCAACUUGAACAGGAGCAAUACUACCUGGACCUUGGAUCCACGUGUAGAUAUGGCCAAGGUCUUUGGCACUGAUGGCACGCCGUCUGGCGUCGGCAACCAGGUCUCGGCCGAGUUCAAUCUCGUGUAUCGCUGGCACUCUGCCACCAGCAAGCGGGAUGAGAAGUGGACCGAGGACAUGUAUCAGGGAAUGUUUGGCAAGCCUGCAUCUGAAGUUCCGAUGGACGAGUUACUGAGAGGACUCGCAAAGUGGGACAAGACACUGGACAAGGAUCCCCAGAAACGCCCGUUCGCUGGGCUUCAGCGGGAUGCCAAGGGCAAGUACGCCGAUGAUGACUUGGUCAAGAUACUCACUGAAAGCAUCGAAGACUGUGCUGGCGCAUUCGGCGCAAACAACGUGCCCAAAGCACUUCGUGCUGUCGAGAUCCUGGGCAUGCACCAAGCAAGGAAAUGGGGUCUGGCAACGCUGAAUGAAUUCCGCAAAUUCUUUGGCCUAAAGCCUCACGAUUCUUUCGAGAGCAUCAACUCUGACCCCAAGGUUGCCGAGCAACUUCGCCACUUGUACGAUCACCCCGACUAUGUCGAACUGUAUCCUGGACUUGUGACAGAAGAAGCCAAGGAACCGAUGGUGCCAGGUGUUGGUAUUGCUCCAACAUUCACCAUUUCUAAGGCCAUCUUGUCGGAUGCCGUUGUUCUCGUACGUGGGGACAGGUUCUAUACUGUUGACUAUCACCCGAGGAACUUGACGAACUGGGGCUUCAAUGAGGUUCAAUACGACUUGAAUGUUGAACAGGGAUGCGUUUUCUACAAAUUGUUCCUGAGAGCAUUCCCGGCCCACUUCAAACCAAACUCCAUAUAUGCGCACUAUCCGAUGACCAUUCCUUCUGAGAACAGGAAGAUCAUGCGCACCCUCGGUCGAGAGAGUCACUAUUCAUGGGAUCGGCCAGAGCUCAUCCCAGCACGGACUAACAUCACGACCUACGUUGGUGCGAAAUCUGUCCUUGAGCAACAGAGAAUCUUCAAGGUAACGUGGGGAGUAACAUUGGAAGAGCUGAUGGGCAAAGGUGGCUCUCAUUUCAUGCUGUCUGGCGAUGAGCCGCUGCAUGCCAAUCAGAGAAAGACGAUGGCGAAAUCUCUCUACAGAGAGAACUGGCAGCGCGACGUCAAGACUUUCUACGAGCACAUCACGCUCAAGCUUCUGCACGAGAAGUCUUUCAAGAUCGCAGGUAUCAAUCACGUGGACCUCACAAGAGACGUCGGAAAUCUGGCCCACGUCCACUUUGCAUCCAGCAUGUUCUCCCUCCCGCUGAAGACCAAGGAGAACCCGCGCGGCAUCUUCACCGAGCACGAGAUGUACAUGGCACUAGCCGUAAUUUUCUGCUGCAUAUUUUUCGACCUUGAGCCGGCCAAGUCAUUCCCGCUACACCGCGCCGCCUAUGCUGUCUCCCAGGGCCUUGGUAAGCUCAUCGAGGCCAACGUCAAGAGCGCCAGCUCCACCAGCUGGAUCUCUAGCAUUACCGACAGCAUCCACGAAAACAGCAACUACUUGAAGGAGUAUGGAGUGCACAUGGUACGCCGGCUACUCGAUUCAGGGCUCAGCGCCGAGGAGGUCGCGUAUUCGCAAGUGUUUCCCACAGCGACAGCUAUGGUGCCGAAUCAAUCGCAGGUGUUCACUCAAAUCAUGGACUUCUAUCUCUCACCACGAGGAACGCCGCACCUGCCGGAAAUCCGUCGGCUGGCAUGGCUUGACACGCCAGCGUCCGACGAGACGCUGAUGCACUAUGCCAUGGAAGCCAUCCGAUUGAACGGCACCUUCGGAUCCUACCGCGAGGCGGCAUCGGAAACGACCAUCAUCGACGGGCGCGACGACAACGCCAGACACAUCUCGGUCAAAGCGGGGGAUAAGGUCUUUGUAUCCUUCGUCGGCGCCGCCAAAGACCCUGUCGUGUUCCCCCACCCGGAGGAGGUACGCCUCGACCGCCCGCUCGAGAGCUACAUCCACUACGGCGAGGGUCCGCACGCCUGCCUCGGCCGCGAUGCCAGCAGGGUCGCCCUGACGGCCAUGUUGAAGACGGUGGGCAAGCUGGAAGGGCUGAGGAGGGCGCCCGGGCCGAAAGGCGAGCUGAAGAAGAUUCCCAGGGAGGGGGGAUUCUACGUGUAUAUGAGAGAGGAUCAUGGGAGUUAUUUCCCUUUCCCGCUGACAAUGCAGGUGUGUUGGGAUGGCGAUCUGCCGCCGUUGAAGUGA